GAUAUUGAAGAAAAUUUAAAACAAGUAGUAUCACAUGCUGUUCAAGUUAAUAUACAAGAGCAUUUGCAGCCAGACAGACGUCUCACUGCCAGCAAUGAUCAGGGGAUUCAAUGUAAUUUUGAAAAUUUGUCACUUGUACCCGAUUUUCAUGACAUUGAUGACUCUGAAGACAAUAAAGUUUUGAAAAAAUGCAACAGUCCGGUAAUUGUAAUAUCAGUUUACCCAAGACCAGACGUAAAAAUAAGCACAGACAAAGUUUUCAAAAAAUCUAAACCAAAGUUCGCUAAAAAAGAUUCCAGUAAUGUAGUACCAGCUGUAAAUUCAAAAACAUCCAAAGAAAAGAAGGAAAUCUUUCAAAAUCGCCGUAGCCAAAGUCGUUCGGCAUCUCCAGAAGCUAAGGAAAUCGAAAAAGAUAACAAAAAAUACAAUUUGCAACCACAAAGGGCGCUCAGAUCCAAAAUGAAAAGUUCUUCUAAUCAAUCUUCCACAAAUCGUAAGAUUAUAAAAAACGAACCGGAAAAAAUAAAUAAAAAAUAUACUACAGAAUUAAAGCAAACUCUGAUAGACAACUUCAUUAAGAGCAUGGAGUCCAAAGAAGACAAUUAUACUAAAUUUCUUCUUUCCGUUCCAAAAAGUACAGCUUCGAGAAUAACUAUCAAUUUAAACAAAAACAAGCAAUCUUUUGAUGUUGCAUCAAACAGCAGUAAAAAAGAAGUAGACUUGGAAAACAUAAGAAAUAAAUUCAAGGAUACAAGAAAACCUUUAGCUGACAAAAAGAUAUCCAUAAACAACGACAAAGUUAUGUCCAAGAAACGAUCACCAAAAAUGAAUAAAUUUGAUAAAAUGAAUACAAAAAGCAGUUAUCCUAAACCGAUGCAAUUAAAACCACGGGACAGUUUAGUGGUAAAACAUAGUCGAGAAAUUCGGAGAUCUGAGAUUAGAGAGAGCGUUCAAAAGAUAAAUAGUGAACAAAAAUCUGGAAAUGCAGAUGCUAGGAAACACUACCGUGGCGAUGACUGUCCUAUUGAUGAUCCAAACGUACGUGACAAGGAAAUCCAACGUCUACUUGGUCUUACAAAAAAGCAAACUACGCGCUUGAAUAAAGCAUCAAAAACUUGUCAACAUUGCGGAUUUAAAAAAUGUCCAAAAGCAAUAACAAUAAGCGUUAAGAAGAAGCGCCUUCCACGUUCGCCAUUCACACAGACAAACAAUAUUGAUCAAAACAAUGUACUAGAAAUCUUAAACGUUAACCUGAAUGAGAAAUUGGUAAAAUUUAACGGUCUGUCGAGAUCACCAAUAACAAUUGGCAAACCCGACGAUUGCAUAAAUAGAGCACUAAAAUCAAAUUCACAUCGUAUUGACAAAGGUACUAAAAUUAUUUCAAAUGUAUUGCAAGACUCCGAAUAUUCCGACUUACGAACAAAUCAGCCAAAAUUGAUUUAUGAUUACGACUUUUUUCAUGCGCAGAAACCUUAUAAGUACAGAAGAAGUAAAUUACCAAUAAAACGUUAUAAUAAAACUACAAUGACUGCUAAAAAUGCAGUAGUUAAUCACUUAGCAAGUAACAGAGAUAAACAUCACAGUUACUUUGAAAAAUAUGUGCAAACAGAAAAAAAAUCAAUUGCUAAGAAGCAGUUGAAAAUGGUUCGCGAUUCUAAUUGCAAAAUAAAGAGAAAUUUUAACAGAUUACCCAAUAUUGAUUCAGAAAGAAUAAUAAUUCAUCAAGAUAAGAAUCAACUUUGCCUUCGACCUACUGUUUCUGCUGUCGAUGCUUCGUACAACUAUAAUUCUAACUCGAAAUUGGAAACACCAACAUCAUAUUUGAAUCAAAAAGGCGAUGGUCCUGAUUUAAAAUCUAAAAAGCAAGCAGAUGUUGCUAAUUCUUUUCAUGUUAUUUAUAAGGGUAAAGGACAAAAGAGAUCAGUGACGCCUAAUUUAGGAACAUCUUUUGUAUCGAUCUCAGUUAAAUCGUCUAAAGGCACCCAUCAGAGGCCACAUAGAGGAAGAAAAACAUUUUUGUUGCAUAUUAUAUCCUACGUAAUCAAAAAGUUAAAAAGAUCUUCUAACAUGCUUGAAAAUCAUCAGUUAAAAAAAUGUUCAAGUCCUAACAGUUUUGAUUCAUAUUACGUUAACUCUUCAUUGGCUCCAUGGGACAUGUCCUCCGUGAUUUAUGAUACAUCAGCAUCCUACUAUUCAAACCACAGUAUUCACGCAGUAGCAAAAAUGAAACGUGGUUUCCUCUCAUCUUUUUGUAAUGUAUUAGCGAGAAGAAAGAGACAAACUGUGGGUAAAUAAAAUCUAAGUUAUGUAAAAGCAGAAAGUUAUGAUUAAGUACUUGUAUAUUUUUUUAGAGCUUAAUAAACUUUUUUUUA